AUGGUCGAUGCUCUUCCUACCCCUACUGACGGGAAUUCAUCGGAUCCAACAAGCGAGUCGGUCUUUGAUUUGAUGAGCACCGUUCUAAUUGCAUCAAUCAUAACAAUUGAUGUUGAUCACAUAAAGCGUGGAGAAAAGCUUCUACAAAGAACUUUCUACUCAGUCUGUGCACUCAUUACAUUCUUAAUAAUUCCUUCUAUGGAAAUUUGGUUCUGUGUUGGAGCUUACAAAGAUACCAAUGAUACUUUUUUUAUUGCAUAUCUGACAACAAUUCUUUUAAUGAGAGCUCUUCGACACGCUAUUGAAUUGUGUCGUAUGCGAAAUAUGUCUGUAAAAUACGUUUAUCUACUUCCCCUAUUUUUGUAUUUUAUAUGUAGAUUUGGCAAAGACAUAGUUUUUGGCUUUAUGGCCGUGAAACGAGGAUACGUAAAAUCGCCGACUCACUGGUUUGUUUUUGGACCCCUUAUCAUGGCAUUCCUCGUUGGUGUAGGACUAUUUAUAUAUAUUCUAAAGUCUUCGGAUGAACUCAACGAGUGGGAACAGACAUUGGAGGCAAUGAAUGAUAAAGUUACCGAGGAGGAGCGCAAUGAAAAGCGCGGUGAUAGUAGUGGUAGUGAAGGUGGUAGUGGCCAUUCUGGAGAUUGUGACGAGUCUAAUACUAGUACUAGAUGGGUAUUUUGGUAUUACGAUCCGCAUGGAAAUCGGUCAUGCGGUAAUCUUUGCAUCCUCACUUUAAUCAUCACACUUGGCCUCAUCAGUUUUACGACGAUUGGGUGUCUUCUCUACUGGCGCAUUUGUUCGCGCAAACAAGGAGAACGAGAAUCAUUCCAAUCAAACUUCGAUAAUGCCUCAAUAUCAAAUUCACAACGGACUGAUCUCGAAUCCGACAAUGUCCUUUUAUCAUAUGAAAAUAAACCUCCUGUGCCUGAGUCCACUGCUCGGAAAAGACGGAAACACAAAGCAUCGACAGAUGCAUAUGAAGCAGCAGAAAAGUUUGCACAAGAUUAUCCUCCUCGGGAGAAAUUUCCAUCAGAUACUGACAUAAGUUACAUAAUAAAUAAAGGUGGUGCGCCAGCAUAUCGUUUUGAUCUUGACCCGCAAUCUGCCACGCGUCAGCAAACGACUGUCUCGGAUGACGGACGAGUAAUACAAUUUCAUGGGGAAGAAGAUGACAUUGUACAAACAGUACAAACAAAUUAUCCGUUGUUAGUCCCGUCACUUGCAUAUGCAAUAAAUACGACCAGAAAUGAGAGUAAUAAGAGCAAUGAAAGCAAUGACGUGAAUCGCGAGCAAGAUAAGAAGAAUGUAAAGGAUGAUGCAAUUAUACAAAUUCCCAUGUAUACGCCGGUGCUGACGUCCGAACCUAUAACGCUCGAGAAAUCAUCAAAAUUAUUAUCGUACGCUUCAUCAGAAACCGGUCAAAAACGUUCUUUGGAUGCUGGUGACAAUCCAGAAAGCAUAUUGCAUUACUGUGAGAUAACUGUGUUAUCCAAUACAAACCCAAAGAAUACGACAAUAGCAAUAGGGCUUGCUACAAAACCGUAUCCACCGUCCGGAUUACUCGGCUGGAACCUAUACUCAGUAGGCUAUCACUCUGAUGGAUACAAAUUCAAUGAUGCAUUUGAAGGCCGUUCUUACGGUCCUGAGUGGGGCAAAGUUGGCGAUACUGUCGGAUGUGGAUAUUAUCCAGCCACUGGACUUGUAUUCUUUACUAAAAACGGACAGACUCUUGGCACUGCAUUUACCGAUAUUCGACAUCUGUGGUAUCCUACUAUUGGUGCAGACGGUCCAUGUAAAUUAGAGGUCAAUUUCGGAGAUGGAGAGCGACAAUUCAGAUAUAAUGAAGCGAAAGGGUUUGGACCUACCGGACCCGUUAGGAAAGUAAGUUCCUCUACCAUAUUUGGGAAUAGACAACUUGCUACAGUUAGUAAAUGUGUAUCGGCGUUAAUUUACCUCCCCGAGUGUUAG